AUGACAGGAAGCCCAAAAACAGUCUUCUUAGCCCCGGGCUGGGAGUGCUUGGCAGGCUCCGUUCUUCUGGGCAGCGUCUUCACCAACCCGUCACAGCCGCAGCUUGCUAUCUUCAAGCCCUCUCCUGGCGACAUCGACACCACAGUGAAAACAUCAGAAAAGGCGACUUUCGCCGCAUCUAUCGACCCUGCGGGGGACGGCCGCCCCGGUCUAUUCCGCACAUUUCUCCGCCUAUUCGGCGUGGGCGACGAGGAGGAAGUACACUACGACCGCAAGACGGUGGAGUGGUACUCGUUUCGCGGCCUACGCACCGAGUCAUUUGUGCCCAGCGAAGCGCUGAAGCACAAGGCCUUGGCGCAAACGGACCGCGUCGCCCAGUUCUGCCGCGCGAGCGACUACAAGGCGUCGGUAUACAUGGUGACAGGGAUCAAGACGAUCGAGGGCGCUGGCGUGAAAGCGCCGUCCCGCAAGCGGAAGGGAUGGCACCUCUCCAUCAACGUCGACGCCCCAUCGUGGAAUGGACUCAGUGAGCAGGAAGCACCCGGAGAGUCGCCGUCUGUCGUAUUUGCUUUUGAAUUGUUGGAGCUCAAGCUUUCGGGGGCGGGCGAGACGAUUGAUGUGGGAGACGGCUCCAGCUCAGCUACUGGAAGCACUGCCGAUGCGCAGAAGACACUGGGCCUGGAGUUUGGAGAGGCCGCGCUUACAGUUGUGGAGGGGUUUGACGAAGAAGAUGAUGUGCAUGUCAGGAUUGUUGCCUCGAGCCCGGCAGGCGUUGACCUGCUUACGGCAGGGUCGGCGAGAAUAGGCAGUCGACAUUAUUAG